UACUUAUUGCAGACGCUCGCUGCUCGCAAAUUGAUGGUGGUGAUUCUUUGUUUGAUCUAUUUAUAUCAACGCCCUGUUUGUUAAUUUCGAGAUAAGAACGGUUCAAAAGUUCAUGAUAAACAUAAAGUUUCUUAGUUAGAAAAUGUACGCACGAAGAGUAACACAAUGAGGAUAAUCUGUUUAUUGUUUUUGUUCGCGGCUGCGAUAGCUGAUGAGACGUAUAUUUAUAAAACUGAAUACCUACAAACGCCCGUAGAUCAUUUCAGUUUCACCAACAACGAGACAUUCCAAUUACGUUACUUGAUAAACGACACAUUUUGGCGAAAUGGAGGUCCGAUAUUCUUCUAUACCGGAAACGAAGGUGACAUUACUAUGUUCGCUCAGAAUACUGGCUUUAUGUGGGAACUCGGGCAGCAAUUAGACGCGAUGGUGAUCUUCGCGGAACAUAGAUAUUAUGGUAAAUCUAUGCCAUUCGGAGAUAAAUCCUAUGCGGAACCGAAGUAUCUGGGCUAUUUGACAUCGACUCAGGCUUUGGCCGAUUACGUUUAUCUUCUCGAUUUCAUCCAGAAAUCAUAUAAAAAGGAGCCCACUAGAAUCCCCGUUAUUGCCUUCGGUGGGUCAUAUGGUGGAAUGUUAGCCGCUUGGCUGCGCCAGAAGUAUUCUUAUGCUGUGGAUGGAGCUGUUGCUUCUUCGGCGCCGAUCUACCAAUUCCAAGGAUUAACCGAUUGCACGGCUUUCAAUAAUAUCGUUUCGAAGGUGUACAAGGUCUCUUCGCAGAACGCCGUUAGAAAUAUUAAGAAGUCCUGGAGCGUCAUUAAAAAUAUUACGGGCAACGACGAGGGGAAGCUUUGGCUCUCGAAGGAAUGGAAACUGUGUAAGCCUCUAAACUCGAGCCAGGACAUUACCGAUCUAACUGAAGCGUUAGAAGAAUUGUACGGAAAUAUUGCGAUGAUAAAUUACAAUUACCCAACCAACUUUUUGGCCCCGGUGCCGGCUAAUCCUGUACAAGCUUUGUGUGAUCGUAUAGAUCAGUCGAAUUUGGAUGGCAAGGACCUGCUAACGGCUUUGGGAAAAGCUAUAUCAAUAUAUACUAACUACACCGGAGCCGUUAAGUGCCUUGAUUUCAACAGCACCGCGGGUUCGCUUGGGAUAAACGGCUGGGACUUCCAAGCUUGUACGGAAAUGGUUAUGCCAAUGUGUACCAACUUAUCGAAUGAGAUGUUCGAGCCAUCCGCAUGGGACUUCAAAAAAACCGUAGAUGAUUGCUAUAAGAAAUUCGGCGUGCGGAUUACUCGGGACGACUUGGCCAUCUUGGCUUACGGAGGCAAGGAGGCUGAAUACUCCAAUUUGAUAUUCACUAAUGGCCUGUUGGAUCCGUGGUCCUCUGGUGGUGUCUUGAAGAGCAAUACUCGCUCUGUGUAUGCCAUUAUAAUACCGGACGGCGCUCACCAUCUGGAUUUACGCAGCAGCAAUUCCAAGGAUCGGUCAUCCGUGAUUAGCGCCAGAGAAAACAUCCGAAAUAUCAUACAGAUUUGGCUAAAGUUGUACAAGCAAACUUAUAACUAGCUGCAAUUACCAUACCCAAUAAAAUAAAAGUUACAUUCAGCCUCAAUGGCUAUUACCAGA